AUGAUGAUGCCAAGCAAGAUCCUCUCGCAAAACCUUGAAGAUCUGCAGCCAGUGGUCACUGCAGGAUGCGUCAUCCAGUCGAGUUAUGCAUUAGUGGAAAAUGGAAUUGAUGCAGCAUUGUCGGAUCUUAUUCUUCCUGGAUUCAUGAAUUUCUUUGGGCCAGGGCUGUGUGCUAACAUGGUUUAUAAGCAAGCAGAACUGUCGAAAGAGUCUCUUAUAUCGUACUUUGUUGGGAUGGUUAUCUUCUCGAUGUUUUCCCAGAUGAGGAUCCUUUGGAUAUCAACGGCAGUAUUUCCGGUGAUAGGUAGAGGCUUCAUGCUUAUUGCCCUGAAAAACAACAAAAAGCCCUUCCAUUUAGUUGUUGGGUGGCUAAUGGCUUUGGAAAUGUCUGGGGUACUCAUGCAAAAGUUGCUUUUCAACAAGAAGAUGAAAAUCACCGGAGACAAGGUGGGAGAGAUCUUCAUCUCAAUCCUAGGCUUGGGCCUUGGAAGACUGUAUCACCUUCCAGACUAUACAAUGCUGCUGGUGGUUUUUCUGGUUGCACUUGGGCCUUUUGUCCAGUACUUGCUUUCACUGUCGUUCUUUUCACCGAAAAAGCAGAGAAAGGAAGGAAACAGAUAUCCAAAAAUCAAACUUCCAAAAAGAAGGGCUGCCCAAAAGGCUCAGGAUACACUCAAAAAAACAAGGUGA